AGAAGCAGAAAACAUGGCUCUUAAAAAAUGAUGGUUGAAUGACAUUUCCGUUUACUUAUGUUUGUAUAGCAUUGGCAAGAUUUAUUGUUACGAUGUGAAAACAUGUGAACUUUAAAGAGAAUGAUUAUAAUUGCUGCCGCGAUGGCCUCAUCGUUGACCGCAGAAGAAGAACAGGCUGUAAAAGAGUUCAUAUCUGUCAUAAACGAGUUACGAUCAACUCAGAAUAUUGGACCUUUAUCAUGGAGUACUGCUGUGAAAUUUAUGAUGGCUCGAAAGUUCGAUACUCAUCGAGCUUUGCAGUUAUAUGAAGCCCAUGAAAUUAUUAGAAGAAAAGAAGGCUUAAUAAGAUUUGACCCUAAUUGUGACCCUCUAAAGUCAGAGUUGGAAACUGGAAAAUUUACUAUAUUACCCACCCGAGAUUCUGGAGGUGCAGCACUUGCUUUAUUUACUGCUGGUCGCCACAACCCAUUUGGGAAUUCACAUAAUGUUACACUUCAAGGCGUUGUGUAUCAAUUAGAUGUAGCUUUAGAAAGUUUUCAAACACAGAGAUGUGGUGUUGUCUUUAUUUACAACAUGAAUGAUUCUAAAUAUUCAAAUUUUGAUUAUGAACUCAGUCAGAAAAUGCUUACUCUAUUAAAGGGUGGCUAUCCUGCUAGAUUAAAAAAAGUUCUGAUUGUGACUGCACCAUUAUGGUUCAAGGCUCCUUUCAAAAUUCUCAGAUUGUUUGUUAGAGAAAAAUUGAGAGACAGGGUUUAUAUGGUAAGUGUUCCACAGUUGUCACUUCAUGUGCCACCAUCUUCUCUACCUCAAGAAUUGGGUGGAAAUCUUAUUGUUGAUCAUGAAUCUUGGCUUCUUCACUGUUUAAAAUCCAUGACUAAUCGUUGCGGAGAUCUUUGUGAUCUUGUUUCAGCCCCAACUUCUCCAUCAGCUAUUAAUGGUCCUUACUCCCCACACGUUGUACGUGGCAACGGUCUUUCUGCACACCACUUCCACUUCAUGAGCAGUGAAGGAGAAACGGACGAAUCCAGUGAACAUCACAGCUCUGUUCAUGAAAAGCAAAAUUCAGAAGACAGAGAAAAAGAAGUUGAAGUUAUCAAAGAAAUAUCUUUGACUGUUCAAGAAAAGCCUGUACCAUCUUGUUCACCGCUGCAGGAAAAUACGCCUAAUGAUGAGAAGCUAUCAUCUAGUACUCCAUCAUCUUCAUUAUCAGAAGAUUCGCUUCAUGAUGAUCUCAUUAACGGUCAGACAUUAGAAGAAUUUAUUGAACAUUUACAGAAGAAAGGAAAGAGGGGAUUGCAUGAAGAAUAUUCUGAAAUAAAAUUAAAGAGUGCUGAUGGAACAUUUGAAUCAUCAAGAUUGAAAUCUAAUCUACCAAAAAAUAGAUAUUCAGAUGUUCUAUGCUAUGAUCAUUCUCGUGUCAAAAUUACAUGCCAGGAUUCUGAUCCUUGCUCAGAUUAUUUGAAUGCAAAUUUUGUUGAUGGAUUCCGGCAAAAGAAUGCAUUUAUUUCCACACAAGGUCCUCUACCUAAAACAUUUGUUGAUUUUUGGCAAAUGAUCUGGGAACAAGAAGUCGGAGUGAUUGUAAUGACUACACGUACUAUAGAAAGAAGUAGGGCAAAGUGUGGCCAAUAUUGGCCAAAAGAUAAUGAAUCUUCUAUGGAAUUUACCCCUUUUCUUGUACAUAAUGAUGGACUUGAACAUUUCAAUGAUUAUACAAUUAGUAAUCUGAAGCUUACUGAUACUAAGACAAACCAAACUCGUUUAGUGUAUCACAUGCAGUUUACUAGCUGGCCGGAUUAUGGUGUUCCUCAUUCUGCUUUGGCUAUGUUAGGUUUUCGAGACAAAGUUCGUGAUAAACAAGCCCAAUAUGUUUCUUCAAUGGGAGAUUUAUGGAGGGGGCAUCCACUUGGUCCUCCUAUUGUUGUUCAUUGCAGUGCUGGUAUAGGACGCACAGGCACAUUCAUUACAUUAGAUAUUUCCAUUUGUCGUUUGGAAGCAACUGGCCUUAUUGACGUACGCACAACUGUGGAAAGGAUUCGCUCUCAAAGAGCUCAUAGUAUACAAAUGCCGGAUCAGUAUGUUUUCUGUCAUUUGGCUCUAUUAGAAUUUGCCUUGAGUCGUGGAUUAUUGCAAGAUGUUGACUUAUCUGGUUUCAAUGACAGUGAUUCAGAAUCAGAAUAGAAUUGUUGAAUUUGAAAUCAUAGUUAUUUAUAUCAUAUGGCCUAUGGCUUGAAAUUAUUUUUUGUAUUUAUGUUGCCAAUUUUAGUGCUAAAUUUUAUGUUGUUUUUGUUUAUUUAUUUUUUGAGUUGCCAAAAGUGAAAAAUCUUUUUUUCAACAUCCUUGUUGCUUCCUAUUCUAUGAAUAGAAAAAAUGUAAGGUAACUAACUUAUUGUUUUACUUCGUGUUUGAAAAUAUAUUUAUGUAUUGAUAUCAAAUAAGUGUUAGCUAUUGAGGUACAUAGGUGUAGAAUAAUAUAUUUUUUAAUCAAUGUAAACAAUAUUUAUUACUGUUUGCUUCCAUUCUCAGUAUGCAGUUUUAAUGUGUACAGACAAUAUGUGUACAUGUGUUUUAUAUAUUAUUAAUAUUCAUAAACUGAGUAUGAUACAGCUUUAAAGUUUCGGAAACCAAUUUGUAAUGUCUUCCUGUUUGCUUGUUAUUUCAAAAUAACUUUUCCAAAAAUAUAUGUUUAAUUUAUUGAACUGAAAUAGAAUGAUAUAUUAUACAUACUUUUUUUCCUUUGGUGAUGCAAUCCUAGUCAUUAAAAUAUUUAAUGUUUUGUGUCGUAUUAAAAUGUAGAAUUCCAGUGGAUUUUUUCCGAAUCUGAGUUGCUAUACAAAUGGAUUUUUUUUUUUUUUUUUGGAGGGUUUCUUUUUUUUAAAGGUUGAAGAGUGAUAUCAUACAAAAAUGGCAGCCAUUCUAAUUGAAUAGUUGGAAGAAUGCUAUGUAAAAUAAUGUAAUUUGGAAUUAAUGUUGCCUUAAAUAAAUAUGAAAAUGUCUUUAUUUUGAAUAAGUCUGUAAGUACUAGGAAUAAAUGCAUCUGAUUUUCAUUUUGUCGCUUAAUCUCAAAAAUUGCCUAAUAAAAUGCUGCUAAACGUUUUUGCAUUUUAAAUUUUAAAUGUAGCACAAAAGCUACUCAAGCUUUUGCUAACAACCACAUAGAAUAGCUUUGAACCCCAAUAAAAAAAAUUCUGAAUUUAAUUCUCACUUUAAAGUGCAAUACUUUAUUGAUAACCUUUUAUUUUAACAAAAAGAAAAA